UAAAAAACAAUUAUACAGAUUUUUUUUUUUUAUAUAAACUUUGAUAUAUGUGAGAAUUAUUUCUUAAAUAUUGAGACGAAUUCAAUGGACUCAACACCUUUAUAAGGCCGAGAGCUUCAUUCAACAAACGAAAAAGAAUUAUUUCUUUGUUCAUCCUCUUUUCUUUCAUAAGCAACAAAGAUAUCUAUUUCAAUCCUCUCAUGGAAACUGCUUCUCUUCCUUUCCCUGUCCCAAACACGAGCUUCGGUUUAAACCAACCUAAGCCUCUCGGUCUAAACCAGCUCACACCAUACCAAAUUCAUCAGAUUCAGAACCAGCUUAACCAUAGACGUAGCACAACCUCAAAACUCUCUCCAAAACCAAUCCGAAUGAAGAACUUGUCACCUUCUUCCUCCAAAACCAAGAAUCUCUACAGAGGCGUAAGACAAAGGCACUGGGGAAAAUGGGUCGCUGAGAUCCGCUUGCCUAAGAACCGGACCCGUCUCUGGCUCGGAACAUUCGAAACUGCUGAAGAAGCCGCCAUGGCUUAUGACCAAGCUGCUUUUCAGCUCCGUGGAGAUAUCACCAAGCUUAACUUCCCAAACAUCAGACACGAAGACAUUAAUCCUCUCCCUUCCUCUGUCGAUGCAAAACUUCAAGCUAUUUGCAAGAGUUUGAGAAAAACAGAGGAGAAGUACUCUGUUUCAGGUAAAACAGAGCAUGUUCUGCCAAAAACAGAGCUUUUCCUGCCGAAAACAGAGCGUUUGGAGACAAAGGAGUUCUUCGAUGAGUCACCGAAAAGCGAUGAGAACUCGUCGCAGGCGGGAUAUUCAUCGUCGGAUAUAACAUUGCUGGAUUUCUCGGAUUCAGAGUUUGAAGAGAUUGGGAGUUUCGGGCUUGUGAAGUUUCCUUCGGUGGAGAUUGAUUGGGAUGCAAUUAGCAAACUGUCAGAUUCUUAAAGUCUUUUUAUUUUAUUUUACUUUUCUCUGCAACUUGAAAUUUUAACAAGUUACAGAGGAUUUUUUAGGUUUGAAUCUGUCCUAGUUUUCUUUGUUGGUCGCUUUAGAGUUUUACUAUAUAUGAUCUCCAUGUUUUGUCUGGCUUGGUAAGUUUUAAGGUCCUCGCCUUACACAAACCGGAGAAACUUUACGUAUUCAAAAGCUACCAUUAUGUAUUAUAUGUCAUCUUCACAUCUUCUUAUUAGACUGAGAUAAAAGUUUAUGAAAUGAAGUCUUGAUUUGUUCUUUUAGUUCAA